CCUCAUCUCGUCCCUCCCCCACAGAGCGAGAGUCUCCCUGGUUGUGUUGUAGGCGCGCGCGUUAUAAAGCGGAAAGCCCCGCCGUUCCCUUCAGAUCGUAGCGCUCCGACAGCUGCGCGCGUCAGCUAUCAGACAAUCAGGACCUGAACCCUCUCACAGCUAUGACCCCGCUCCUCUCUCUACCUGGAUUAACUCUCAAGUAACCGCUGUUUGUCGCCCCCGCCCCUUCUAACACCACCCUCACCCGCAGCAGCAGCAGCAGCAGCCUCUUCACCGGCUUCUCUGUCCUGUCCCCCCCCCCCCCUCCCCAGUCUCCAACUCUCUGCUUUGUUCUGCGGUCAUGGGGUGCGUCGUGUCCUUUUUGCCUUGGCUGCUGAGGGGCUUGGCCGUGCUGUGAGGCGGAUACCAGGUGGAUUUAUGGUCCGCAAAGCCGCAACUACCAGCCGAGGGAAAUAAGUGGAAGUUUGAGCUCCGGGAGGAUGCAGGUGACGAGUUGGUGCGCCGUGUUCCUCCUGACGCCUGCACUUUGCCUGGUCACAAGUGCCCACGCCUCAAAGUCAGACAUUGUGAAGUCUGGGAGCCCCAAAUCCACACUAAAGCAUAUAUGGACAGAAAGCAGUAAGGAUAUGUCCAUCAGUAGGCUGCUGUCACAGACUCUGCAUGGCAAAGAGAACAGCACAGCCUUGGACCUUCGCUAUGAUACUCCAGAACCCUACUCUGAGCAGGACCUGUGGGACUGGCUGAGGAACUCCACAGACCUACAGGACUCGCGGCCGCGGGCUAAACGGCGGCCCAUGGUCAAAACGGGGAAGUUUAAGAAGAUGUUCGGCUGGGGGGACUUCCACUCCAACAUAAAGACGGUCAAACUCAACCUGCUGAUCACUGGUAAGAUCGUAGAUCACGGCAAUGGCACCUUCAGUGUCUACUUCCGCCACAACUCCACAGGCCAGGGUAACGUGUCUGUCAGCUUGGUCCCUCCCACCAAGAUAGUGGAGUUUGACGUGGCAGCGCAGCAGUCAGUCAUCGAUGCCAAGGAUUCAAAGUCCUUCAACUGCCGCAUAGAGUAUGAGAAGGUGGAGAAGGGUGCCAAGAACACGCUCUGCAACUUCGACCCGUCCAAGACCUGCUACCAGGAGCAGACCCAGAGCCACGUCUCCUGGCUCUGCUCCAAACCUUUCAAAGUCAUCUGCAUCUUCAUUUCCUUCUACAGCACCGACUACAAACUGGUGCAGAAAGUGUGCCCGGACUACAACUACCACAGUGACACUCCCUACUUCCCCUCCGGCUGACGUUCCCAUACGUUCACAUGCAGCAUAGUGGACGAGUGGAGCACAGACUGGGGCUUCUACCUAACCCAGAGAAAUGUGUAUGUUAGCCGUUCUGUCCCUAAACAUGUCCAUAUCAGAGUGUCAGCCAUCCCAACUAAUUUCCCAAUUUAAUGUUCUGAAUUUCACAGCGACAGCUUUUAACUGUUAAAGAAUGCGGAAAAGAAGACUGUAAAAUGCUUAAAAUUACCUGAGAAACUCUGUGAUUACUAGGAUUAUUAUCGGUUAGAUUUGUUUUCCUGAAUUAUGUUUUAUCCCUGUGUAACCAUGUGUAGAUAGCAGGGGAUUAUUGGUCAUUUUAUUGGGGUUGUUAUCACUAUUUAAACUCUACCCUUUGUUGUUUGCUUUAAUGUUUAGUUCACACUCCUUGUCAAACUAGAUGUUAAUAACUUUGUUUUGCUAUUUCAGUAUAUUCCUAAUACAAUGCAUUGACUCUCUGGAUACCAACAUAUGGACUGUUUGCCCCUGCUGUGCUAUUUACGCUCUGCAGUUUAUCCUGCAUAACUGGAAAACAAAAUUAACUCCUCAUUUAAAAAGAAUUUUAAAAAAAACGAAAUCCUCUGAUGUUUUUACAAAACUUGCAAGGCAGCUGAAGAUGCAGUGAUGAUUCUAAUGUGAGUUUAAUGCUUUUAGAGAUGUGAGGUGGUCUUACCUGUGUAGGGGUGAGCUGGGACUGAGCAGACUUCUCCCUCAGGCGAGUUUCAGCAUUAAUGCGCUCUGAUACUGUAACACUGUCAAUCCUCAGCUGUCAUCAGAGUGCUCCUGCUAGUACAGCCAGAUGUUGAGUUCGUUGGGUGAUUGGUUCAUUCUUGGCUGAUUGAAUGUCUGAUUACUUGACUGAUCUAUCAGUGGGUUGUUUGAGGGGGAGGGGGCUUGCUCAUUGUCACUUAAUAUAUCAAAUGUAAUGUAUUGAAUUCUAUAUCUUAGAACCUAAUUUGUGUGAAUGGUUUGUAUUGUACAUAGUUUAUCCCAAUUGCGCUGCUUCUGUAUAUGCCCCCCAUGAGCUGUGUUUACCCCCCUUCCCGCUCUUGUUCACUCCAUUUAUGCUCGUUCUUGGUUCCUCUAACAAAGAAAAUGAUGUUGCUGCCCUAGAUGUGAAUUUCAUGAAAACAGCAAUCCUGUACAGAAGCUGUAAAACUGACUAAAUAUAUUAAAAGUAUUCAUUGAGUUUUUCU